GGUGGAGCUGGUGGAUGGGAAGAAGGCUGACUCCCGAGCAUUUGAGACAGCCUACUCCAAGGUGUGUGACCACAUCUACUUCAAGUGCCUUGACGAUCAAGGGAACGCACAGGGACAUGCAGUUGCAGAUGUCGUCAAGAAAUACCGAGCUGAUGAAGAUGGAGCCUUCUUGCAACUGCGCUACAUCCAGGGGGAUUGCCCUCAUGGAGUAGCCAAUCCACACGGGAGGCAGAGGAGAGAGGGCCAGGACCCCCCGGAGGAGGAUGACAGUGAAGAGGACGAUGAUGCGGGGAUGUCCAACGUCCCUCGAAGAAGGCGACACCGUGAGGAGCGCGGAGAAAGAGAUGAGGACUCAAGGGAAGACAGAAGAGGAGUCUUGCAGCGGGCAAGAGGCACAGUGGGGGCUGUGGCUCGAACCAGAGACGCGCAGGACCUAAAGGAGAAGACUCCCUUGACGCCAUGCUGGAGGAUGGAAUGGAUCCUGGGGGGGUGCCAGUGCAGUGCUGGCGAAGAGAGUUCAAGAAGGAGCAGAAGCCGCCCCGAACAAAGAAGUAAAAGAUCAGAGCGAGAGAAGCUCACAGGGGCAUUGAAGGCCCUGAGCAAGAAGAGCAAGGAUGUGUCUUUGAGCUUUGAUAGCGAUACAGAUGACGAGGAUGAGGGCUACCUGCGCAGCAGCUCAAAGGAUGGAGAUCUGAUGAGCAAACAGAAGCGGCUCAAAAAGUUGUCUGCAUCAAAGCCCGGAAGCCUGUUGGCCCGUGGAUUUGGGCUCAUGCAUGAACAGCUGGGGAUGCUGUUUGGUGAUAAGGGGUCCGGUGGCAGCCAUGAGGAUCUCUUGCAACCGGCUGCACUGCGCUACCUCUUGUCAAGCGCCUUGCCGUUGAUGGAUCUGAAGAAGGUAGGAGAAGAAAAGAUGCGCGAGCUGCGAACCCUGGCGACGUCCUUGGACUACCUGGUUGCCGGCAAGGUGGGGCAAUCUGGGGACAUACAAAUGCAGCGGAUGAAGAGCAUCCUUAUGGGCAUCAAGGAUGGUUCAACCACGGCGUCACGCUACUUGGAACUGGUCCCCAUCGAGCUGUACCCCACAGCUGCCACCAUUGAGGAGGCAGAUUAUGCGCGUGGGAACACCAUCGAGAAAGUCCAGUUCGAUCCAAAGGUGAAGGAAAUCCAAGGGCAGAAGGAGGAUGCACAGCCAGGGCCGAUGCGUAUGAAGGAGGCCAGGGAUGCCGUGCCGCGGAAAGAGGGGGAAAACCGCUCUCAAUGGAAGUCCCGGGUGUUCCAGAACAAGAGGAAGAUGGAGGAGGAAGCGGCCAAGGAACAGAGGCUGGAAGAGCUGGAGCCGGGCUUGCCGCUGAAAGGCAGAGCAGGCGCGCUCAGUGCAGUGGAGGCUGCAACUGGGCAGUGCGUGGUUGGGCAACUUGACCGCAUUCUAGCGCGGGAGGAGACGGCACCCCCUGGUUGGUGUGAGAAGCCCCAGUUUGAACCUUCUUCACAACCUGAUGCAGCUGCGGGCAUGUUGGUUCAAGAAUUCAUGUCUCAGGGUUCCGCUGCCCCCUUUUUGCACUUGGUGGAUAGCCAAGUGAUUGCAGCGGCGGUGGCCAAGGGACGGUCCAGUAGCCAUAGUCUCCUGCGGCUCUCGUCCCUGUGUGUGGCAGGGGGACUUCAACUGGCUAAUGGCUAUGUGGGGACCCACGAUAACCCUGCAGACCUACCUAGCAGAUGGGCAAAAGGGCGAGUCAUCAGGUUGAAGAAAGGAGACAAGAACGCAGGCGACAAAGGGCAAAUUCAGCAGGCUGCUAUGAGUGCGCUUCGAUUUUGGAAAAAUUCUGGAACGAUGCCCAGCACCUGGGAUGAAUUUGAUGUGGCUACAGGUCAGUGGCUGGAGAAUAUUGUUGCCGAAGGGUACCCAAAGGGAUAUGCCUCUGAUGGUCUUGCAGCCCUCCAGCAUUAUGUCCCUGAAGUUGCCGGCAAGGUGAGACACAGCUGGCGCUUGCUGAAAUCUUGGCAGAAAAUGGAGCCGCCGGUGCGAGUUCUCCCAAUCAGCCCGCUAAUGGCGGUGGCCAUUGUGGAGCUUGCGCCAACCUUCCUGCUUUCCUUCGACACUUUCCUCAGACCGGGGGAACUGUAUCGCCUCACUAAGCAGGACAUCACAUGGGCUGGCAGUUUAGCAGUGUUAUCCCUGAAGAAAACUAAAUCGGGGCAACGCCGGAAUGAUGGUGGUAUAUGCCACUCACGCACCGCAAACAUUUGGCUGUGGAAAGCUCUUCAGCACAAAAAGCCUCAAGAUCUUCUGCUGGAUGAAACUCCGUCGCAACUUCGCCCACUCUUCUUUCACCUUUUGGAACAUCUGGAAGUGCCAGGGCAUUUCUCCUUGUAUAGCUUUAGGUGGGCUUCUACCUCCACGGCCCGCAUCCAUUUGCAAGAUGCUGCUGCCACCUUGAGCCAUUUGCAAAUUAGUGAGGAGCAACGGCAUUACAUGCGCUUCUUAGCCAAGCAAUUGUCGGCCCCUGGCCAG